AUGGCGCUUAUCCGAGGCGUUUUCAUUGUAGCGGCCAAGCGCACUCCAUUUGGUACAUACGGUGGCGUACUGAAGGACCACAGCGCCACAGACCUGGCUGAGCAUGCAGCCAAAGCUGCCCUCGCCGCCGGCGCCGUGGCUCCAGAGAUCGUAAACAGCGUCAUCAUGGGAAAUGUCAUGCAGAGUUCUGCUGAUGCUCCGUAUAUUGCUCGUCAUGUUGGUCUGAGGUGUGGCGUUCCCAUCCCGGUUCCUGCUCUCACCGUGAACAGACUGUGUGGAUCUGGUUUCCAGUCCAUCAUCAACGGUGCUCAGGAGAUUUGUCUCAGAGAGUCGGACGUGGUUCUGUGUGGAGGUUCAGAGAGCAUGAGCCAGGCCCCUUACGCUGUCCGUAACAUCCGCUUUGGAACAAAGUUUGGGUUUGAUCUUAAGCUGGAGGACACCUUGUGGGCGGGCCUGACUGACCUCCACGUUAAGAUCCCGAUGGGCAUCACUGCAGAAAACCUGGCAGACAAAUACCAGCUAACACGAGAGGACUGUGACAACUACGCAUACCAGACACAACAGAAGUGGAAGGCGGCUCAUGAAGCUGGUCACUUCACCGCUGAAAUUGCGCCGAUUGAGGUGAAAGCAAAGAAAGGCAAAGCUUUAAUGUCUCACGAUGAACACCCUCGACCUCAGACCACGCUGGAACAGAUGGCCAAGCUGCCGACUGUCUUCAAGAAGGGAGGAACCGUCACCGCUGCCAACGCGUCGGGUGUCUCUGAUGGUGCUGCUGCGCUGGUGAUCACAAGUGAGGAAGCCCUGAAGGAACACAAGCUCACCCCACUGGCCAGAGUUGUCGCCUAUCACGUGUCGGGCUGUGACCCGAGCAUAAUGGGGAUCGGUCCGGUCCCAGCUGUAACUGAAGCUCUGAAAAAGGCCGGUCUGUCUCUCAGCGACAUGGAUCUUGUUGAGGUGAAUGAAGCUUUUGCUCCUCAGUAUCUGGCCGUAGCCAAGGCUCUUGGACUGGACCCAGAAAAAUCUAACGUCAACGGCGGAGCUAUUGCCAUCGGGCAUCCCCUCGGUGCCUCUGGGGCGCGCAUCACUGCUCACCUGGUGCAUGAGCUAAGGCGGAGAGGAGGAAAGUACGCCGUGGGCUCGGCUUGUAUCGGUGGAGGCCAGGGCAUCGCCAUCGUCCUGGAAAAGUGCUAACAGAGGAUUCCUGUGAAAUAAAUGCCAACCACGCAGACCGUCCACCCGCAUGAGAUAAAACGUAGUCGGUACUCAGUCAGAGGAAUGUCUUCAGAUGUUCAAUAAUGAAGAAUAGCAGCUCGAUUUGGAAACAAUAAGCAUAACUAAUCAAACGUUUGUCUCAUUCUCUGCCAGUCGAACUUUGCAACAUGUGUUUGAGUCCGAUGCCUUAAGAGAUGUGUAAAAGUAAAGCUGUAGCCGGCACCUCUGUGCUCAUUGCACAGAAGUUUAGGAGCCGUUAUGUGCCUAAAAGACAACGCGCUGAUCCUUAGGCAAGUUAACAUGUGUAGCUUGGUAUUAUAGUGAAGUUUAAAAUGCUCCCCAUCACUUUGAUUUCCAGGUUUAGUGACUCUACCAACAAAUUUUUAUACUUCUCUGUCAAAGAAUCCAAAAUAAAAUUGUCCUAAAAAUAACUA